GACUGCGGAGGGCGCGCGACGUGACCAGUCUGCACCCGGAUCCCGCUCCACCAGUCGCGCCAGGUGGAGGAUCUAUUCGCGGAGCGCGGACGCGGGCCGGGCGGUGAACCCGCUGGAGCAUGCGGGGCGCAGCGCGGGCGGCCCGGGGGCGCGCAGGGCAGCUGUGGCCGCGGCCCCCAGUUCCCGGCCCGGGCCCGCCCCCGCCUCUGCUGCUGCUGCUGCUGUUGCUGGCGGUGCUGCUGGGCGGCGUGGGCGCACAGUACUCCAGCGACCUAUGCAGCUGGAAGGGGAGUGGACUGACCCAUGAGGCACACAGCAAGGAUGUGGAGCAGGUGUAUUUACGGUGCUCGGCCGGGUCUGUGGAGUGGAUGUACCCGAUGGGAGCACUCAUCAUCAACCUGAGGACUAACACCUUCUCACCUACCCGGCACCUGACUGUGUGCAUCAAACCCUUCAGGGACUCCUCAGGAGCCAAUAUUUAUUUGGAAAAAACUGGAGAACUGAGACUGCUGGUGCGGGAUGGGGGCAGUGAGCUUGGCCAGGUACAGUGCUUCGGCCUAGAGCAGGGAGGCCUGUUUGUGGAGGCAACACCUCAGCAGGACAUCAGCAGGAGGACCACGGGUUUCCAAUAUGAGCUGAUGAACGGACAUAGGGGGCUGGACCUGCGUGCGCUGUCUGCCCCAUGCCGGCCUUGCAGUGACACUGAGGUCCUCCUUGCCGUCUGUACCAGCGACUUUGUCGUCCGUGGCUCCAUUCAGAACAUUACCCAUGUGCCAGAGCAGCAGGAGUCAGUCAUUCACCUGCGGGUGAGCAGACUUCAUCGGCAGAAGACCAAAGUCUUCCAGCCAGCUCCUGAGGGUGACAGCCACUGGCAGGGCCAUGUCACGACACUGCUGGAAUGUGGCGUGCGGCCCGGGCCUGGGGACUUCCUCUUUACUGGACACGUGCACUUUGGGGAAGCGCAGCUUGGCUGUGCCCCACGCUUCAGUGACUUCCAAAGGAUGUACAGGGACGCAGAGGAGCGGGGGUUGAACCCCUGUGAGAUUGGCAUGGAGUGACUUGCAGUGUGACUAUGGGUGCUGUCCACCCUCUCCUAAUGAGCCACUGCUAGCUGCUGUGGCUGCUCAAGUCCUGAUGUGGGCCACAGUCUGGGUGUGCAUACUAAGGGCACAGGCCAUGGGUUGGGCGUGCAGGCCAGGAACGCAGGCCUGGCUCAGUUCUCAAGCUGGGGAGGUACAAGCUGCUCUGACCCCAUGAGGUCCAGCCAAGGACACCCUGACAGAUUGGAAAUGCUGUAUAAUGCAAACUAAGUUAUUAUUUUUUAUAAAAAAGAAAAUUCCACAGCAAACAAACUCAUGUGUCUGAAGAUGGCUUGUAUGCCAUUUAAUACCAUUUUAAAAAUCAUCUUAAAGCCAUCACAUUUGGCCUAAUGUCAGUGAUGGUCCGUGGGCUUCAUGGAAAGCCUGGGUACCAUUCAACGUCGUUAUUCUUGUAAUUGAAACAUAUGGAGCCAAAAAUGUGUUUUAUCUUCAUUUUGUUUGUACUUUUAAAGAAUGAGCUUUGCAUCUCUGGUCCUUCUCAGGCUGCAGCAGGUUAUUUCCAUUCCAGAGAAUAAAGACCAGGAUCUGACCACACCAUAGUGUCUGUCUUGGCCUGUCAGCUGGGCAUGCCCGUGUCAGGCCUUCUUUGAGUAGGCCCAGUCCUGCCGUUUGGGGCCUCUUGCUGGACAUAUCCAGAGGAUACUGCUUGGCCUCAGG